AUGCGAAAGCGAUUUCCGAGCCUAAAGCUGACAGUCGCCAUACGAAGCCAAGAGGAUCUCGCGCCAUUCUUGCCCUCACCGUUCAAGGGAGACGACGUCUCUCACAUCGCUUGGAGAAUGCGACCACCAUCCAAGCGGCUCGGCCACAAAAAGUCCCGGACGGGUUGCCUCCGAUGCAAGGCACGGCAUGUCAAGUGUGAUGAACAGCGCCCUUGUCGCAACUGCGUCCGGUUCGACGUUGUUUGCAGCUUAACCCAAGGCCCCCAGCAGAGUUCUGCGACCGCAACGUCUCCAAGAGACCAGGCAAGGUCGCCUACAUCGCUUGACUCCCCCUCUGUGCUUUCAACCCAACCCGGCCUGUCGACUGCGUCCCCCGGGACCUCUUCCGAAAAUGAAUCAUGCCACCCUUCCCCAACAUGGAUGCAAAGCUUGCGAUUACUCCAUCAUUAUGACACUGUUGUUUGUACAAUCCUCACGCAGGAGCCAGCUACCGAGGAUGUCUGGAGGAAGGUCGUGCCCGAGAUAGCUUUCUCUCAUGACUUUCUCAUGAAUGGUCUGCUUGGGCUGUCGGCAAUGCACUAUGCUCAAAGUCAUCCAGAUCAACGCAGGGAAUACACAUUAAUCUCGUCACAUUACCAGAGCCUUGCAGUGCAGAAUUUUGCGACCAAGCUCCAAGACAUCAACGAGGAUAAUUUUGAGCCCUACUUCUUCCUCGCCACAUUCGUCUUUAUUCUCAGCAUGUGCUCCAUUGCCGACCGUCAGGGCUGCGGACUGCCAGCUCCGAGGGAUAUUGCGCAGUCAUUCAUCCUACUCCAAGGAAUCAAGAGCAUUUGCGAGUUUAAGCCAAUAGAGACAUGGAGUCGUGACGGGCCACUGGCACCGCUUCUCGAACAGAACACACCAUUGCCAGUCAAGCGUACUGGUGCCUUUCAGAACCGCAUGGAGAAGCUAUACGGCCUUGCCAGGGAACUGAGCCCGACAUUCAGCGUCAUCAAUGUUCAAUCUUCCUGUCUGCUAGCCAUUGAAUCAUUAAGGACAACUCACACGGCCUGCACCACCGAUACCAUGUCAGCCCGUGCCCGCCGCAUCUGGCUAUGGCCCAUGUCCUUGACCCAGGUGUUCAUCGAGCUUAUCAGCAACAACCACCACGUUGCGCUAAUCAUCCUAGCUCAUUAUGCGGCACUAACAAGACCAUUUGAGCAUCCCCAUUGGAUGAACCGAGAAUGGAGCUCUAAUGUCAUGGCUUCUGUCGAGUGUGCAUUGGAUGAAAGAUACCAUGAGUGGAUUGCUUGGCCUAAAAAGGCUCUGAUGGAAGAGAUUGAUGUGGAUGAGAUGGACCCAUAG